AUGCAAUUAUAUUUAAAAUUAUAUUUAGUGUUCUGCUCAAUACUUCCAAAUUUUCCAAAAAAUAUUGAAGAAAUGAAAAUUGCUCGUUACUUACUUGAUCAACUUUUUAAAUGUGUCUUUGAAACUGCUAGUUUUCUUAAAGCUAUAUUCAAUCCACAAAUGAUUAAAUUAUUAUUUGAUGGAAAUAAAACAAAUAUACCUUUACAAAUUCAUUCUGAAAAAGCUUUUAUAUUUCUUACCAACAAUGACUUUGAAAAAUUUGCAUUGAAUCAUCUGAUUGCUAAUAAAUUAACCAUUUAUUCUGGCAAACAGCAAAAUAUAAUCAAAAUUUUAACAAAUGGUGCAAAUAAAUUUUCAACAGUUUGCUGUAGUUAUAACACCUUAAUUCAUGACCUUAUUAUACAGGUAAAUCAAUUCCUGAAAAUCGAACUCAUACUAAAUAUAAAUCUUUUUUGA